AUGGAGCUCGGGGGCCCCGGGGUGCCGCUGCCGUUGCCGCCGCUGCUGCUGCUUCUAGGGGCUGGCCUCUUUCCGGUGGGCAGCCACGUGGAGACCCGGGCACAUGCGGAGGAGCGGCUCCUGAAGAGACUCUUCUCUGGCUACAACAAGUGGUCUCGACCAGUGGCCAACAUCUCAGACGUGGUCCUCGUGCGCUUCGGCCUGUCCAUUGCACAGCUCAUCGACGUGGAUGAGAAGAACCAGAUGAUGACCACAAAUGUGUGGGUGAAGCAGGAGUGGCAUGACUACAAGCUGCGUUGGGACCCUGCUGACUAUGAGAAUGUCACAUCCAUCCGCAUCCCCUCGGAGCUCAUCUGGCGGCCGGACAUCGUCCUCUACAACAAUGCGGAUGGGGACUUUGCGGUCACACACCUGACCAAGGCUCACCUGUUCCACGACGGGCGGGUGCAGUGGACACCCCCGGCCAUCUACAAGAGCUCCUGCAGUAUUGACGUCACCUUCUUCCCCUUCGACCAGCAGAACUGCACCAUGAAGUUUGGCUCUUGGACCUAUGACAAGGCCAAGAUUGACCUGGUGAGCGUGCACAGCCGCGUGGACCAGCGGGACUUCUGGGAGAGCGGGGAGUGGGUCAUUGUGGAUGCGGUGGGCACCUACAACACCAGAAAGUAUGAAUGCUGUGCUGAGAUCUACCCUGACAUCACCUAUGCCUUCGUGAUCCGGCGGCUGCCGUUGUUCUACACCGUGAACCUCAUCAUCCCCUGCCUGCUCAUCUCUUGCCUCACCGUGCUCGUCUUCUACCUGCCGUCCGACUGCGGUGAGAAGGUCACGCUGUGCAUCUCGGUGCUGCUGUCCCUCACCGUGUUCCUGCUGCUCAUCACCGAGAUCAUCCCGUCCACCUCGCUGGUCAUCCCGCUCAUUGGCGAGUACCUGCUCUUCACCAUGAUCUUUGUCACCCUGUCCAUCGUCAUCACUGUCUUCGUGCUCAACGUGCACCACCGCUCACCGCGUACCCACACCAUGCCCGCCUGGGUGCGCAGGGUCUUCCUGGACGUCGUGCCGCGCCUGCUUCUCAUGAAGCGGCCGUCCACAGUCAAGGACAACUGUCGGCGGCUCAUCGAGUCCAUGCACAAGAUGGCCAAUGCCCCGCGCCUCUGGCCUGCGCCUGACGGGGAGCCCCCUGUCCCAGGCAGCACCCAUGGCCAGAGCCCACCACCUUCCCCAACCUGCCGCGACCCUGUGGACGAGCCUGCCUGCGAGUCGCCCUCCUCGCCCUCCGACCUCCAGGCUCCGCAGCCCUCAGAGGCUGAGAAGGCCAGCCCCCCACCCCACCCCCGGUCCCACAGUGCACAGGUCCCGGGGCUCACCAAAGUCAGGUCCCUCAGUGUCCAGCAGGUGUCCAGCCCUGGGGAAGCGGCAGAGGGCAGUGGCCGGUGCCGGUCUCGAAGCAUCCAGUACUGCAUCCUCCGAGACAACACUGUCUCUCAGGCCGAUGGCCAAGCGGCCAGCUCCCCAGACUCCCGGAAGGCCCAUUCGGCAGAGCUCCCACCCCAAGACAAGCCCUCUCUCUGCAAGUGCACGUGCAGGAAGGAGCCACCCACAGCGUCCCCAGAAGCCACGCUGAAAGCCCAUGGUGUCAGGGCACCGCCCCAGCCCCUGCCCCUAUCACCAGCCCUGACGCGGGCAGUCGAGGGCGUCCAGUACAUUGCAGACCAUCUGAAGGCAGAAGACACAGAUUUCUCGGUGAAGGAGGAUUGGAAGUAUGUGGCCAUGGUGAUCGACCGUAUCUUCCUCUGGAUGUUUGUCAUUGUCUGCCUGCUGGGGACGGCGGGCCUCUUCCUGCCGCCCUGGCUGGCUGGCAUGAUCUAG